ACUAGUAAUGCUAACCAGCUGUGUAGCAUAAGUUAGCUUCGCCGGGUUCGUUGCUGACAGCUACCUUGCGCUGUCACCUGUUAACUCUCACCUGUGAUUCAGUUACAGUCUACAGAGUUGAAUAACAGUCACCGUGCUGUCUAUGUGUUUCUAUUCUGUUAAAAUAUCAAGCUGAUGAGGAGCUAAAAUGAGAGAAGGAGUCUGUGCUGUCUGACUCAGAUCUCGUGUAGACAUGGAGAAGCCCUGGAGGCUGUGGGGGGCGGUGGAGCGGUGCACCCUGACUCUGGCCUCCUGGUCCUGGGGUGCUUGUCGAGUCUCCCUUUUGGCCCUCAUCCUCACCUUCCACCUGUACGGAGGAUUCUUCCUCCUAGCUCUGAUCCUAGCCUCUGUGGCCGGCAUCCUCUACAAAUUCCAGGAUGUGCUCCUUUACUUCCCCGAUCAGCCCUCCUCCUCUCGCCUUUAUGUUCCCAUGCCAACAGGAAUCCCACAUGAGAAUGUUUACAUCCGCACUAAGGACGGUGUGAAGCUCAACCUCAUCCUGCUGCGCUACACGGGAGGGGACAACCCCCCCGGAGUGGCCCCUGGCAAUCAAAGCAGCCCCACUUCCUCCUCUCCACCCACCAUCCUUUAUUUCCAUGGUAACGCAGGCAAUAUUGGUCACAGGGUGCCGAACGCCCUGCUGAUGCUGGUCAAUCUGAAAGCCAAUGUAGUGCUAGUCGACUACCGGGGUUAUGGAAAGAGUGAGGGGGAGCCUAGUGAGGACGGGCUGUACCUAGACGCAGAGGCGACACUGGACUAUGUCAUGACCCGUCCUGAUCUAGACAAGACAAAAGUGGUGCUAUUUGGCCGCUCACUGGGGGGCGCUGUUGCUGUACGCUUGGCAUCAGUCAACCCUCACCGUGUAGCAGCCAUUGUUGUCGAAAACACCUUCCUCAGCAUCCCCCAUAUGGCAGCCACACUCUUCUCCUUCCUGCCCAUGCGCUUACUGCCAUUGUGGUGCUACAGGAAUCAGUUUCUGUCCUACCGGCAGGUAGCGCUGUGCCGCAUGCCCUCACUGUUUGUGUCUGGCCUGUCAGACCAGCUCAUCCCACCAGUCAUGAUGAAACAACUGUAUGAGCUGUCUCCCGCGCGGACUAAGCGCCUGGCUAUCUUUCCAGAGGGCACACACAACGACACGUGGCAGUGCCAGGGCUACUUUGCUGCUUUGGAGCAGUUCAUGAAAGACCUGCUGAAAAGCCACGCCCAUGAGGAGAGCGCUCAGCCCACAUCUAGUGUCACUAUCAUCUGAUAAAUACAGUCAGGGACUGACAAGAGCAGGUCAUCAUAUGGUGGGGGGGGGGGGGGAGGUGGUGGCUGUUGUAGAAAUUAAAGGAAUGGACUCAAAUGAUUUUUUUGGAAAGAAUGUACAUUUUUUAUGCUUUUAUCUGGUUUCCUAUUUUAUUUCACUCUUUUUACCUCUCUGUAAAUGUAAUAUAUUGUUAUAAGGAUUUGACUAUUUCAAGAUUUUUAGAGAGGGUAACAAUGCCCUCACUGGUUCUUUUUGUGUUGCAGCUAUGAAUGCAUGUAUUUAUGACAUUUUAUGAAUGAAGCCGGAGCAUACAUGCCCACACUGCAAGACAUGGCACAACUACAAAAAAAAAGGCUCUUACUGGUCUACUGAAACAUAAUAAAAUCACUGAAACAACAGCUCAGAGAACAAUGAACAUAUAAGGAGCUUUCUUUAAUUUAAUGAAAUCUAAUGACUACUUUAAAUAAAAUACCACUUCUGAUAUAAAUAAAUGAGACCCUGAUAACAUGUAGAUCUUUGUGUUUAUAUUAACCUUUUUAACACAUUGCACUUUUUUGUUCGAUUAAUUCAAGUGGUCAGUUUUUCUGAUAUACUUUGACAAACAAAAUGUUUUUUUAUUUCUCUCCUUUUUUAGCCAGAGGUACUUGCAGCAGCUUGGCAUGUCAGGAAAUUGGACUUUGGACAAUUUGCUUUUACACUUGAACUGUUUUAGGGGACAAGAACCCCAACAGACAAACUUAUGGUCAGUAAGAGAACAGUGUCAUGAUAAGGAACCUCUGCUUAUGAAACAUACGCGCUUGAGUCUUGAUUUCCUUUGAAAAUGUCUGUUUCAAUGCGAUUCAAGAUAAGCUACAAGAUAUUCUCCCUGUAACGUUUUCUUUGUUCAAACACAGCUGGCACAUAGGAUUGUCUUUACUCUUUAAAUUGGCUCAAGUUGAUGCUGAACACUGUUGGCUCCUGCAGAAUCCAAAAUUGAUCUGUGUGUCGUUUGUAAUUAAAGGAUGGUGUCAGAUUACCCCCAAGUCUGUCUCAGUACAAACUAUAAAACAUGCUCCAUAUGUACACUGCAAGAGUUAUGGCUUGCUGUAAUCCUUACUGUCUGUACUGACUUUGAAGAGAUCUGUUUCAAUGUGACUCCACAGGGGAAGAUUAGGGACUGAAAUACAGAGUUCAGUUUAGAAAAGAAAAGUAUAUCAAACCUGAGCAGAAGCUCAAAUAAGGCUUUAGGAGUCAGAGCUCAUGUAGAAAAUUGCCACUUUGUUUUAAUUUUUCUCUACUCAGAACAUUAACGAAACACUGACUAAUCCCAAAAGAGGCAUGGACAGACUCUUUAAACCCUUUACUUCUAACUAUAAAAGAAGAAUUAAGAUUAAGAUGGUUUUCCCGGAUCUAUCUCAUCAUACUAGAAGAAAUGUGUCAAUGGUCAGUAUAGACAGGAGUGAUGCACAUUACUCUUUCAACAAAAACUUCCAUUCGAGCAGACUGUUUAAAAAUUGUCUUAAAAUCAGAAACCUACAUUUCAGAUCUAAAAAGAAGGUGUGAGAUCAUUUGGAUGAAAUCGGUAGUAUCAUCAGCGUUCUUCUAAUUGAUCAUUUGAUGAGUCUGUGGUCGAGUCUCAACCAUGUGUGUGUGGCAAAAUGGCUUUACUCAAUUGGAGGGCUUUUAAUGAGCUAAUUAACCUUUCCUGCAUGUCUUCCAGGGGGUGGAGCAGAGCCUGAUGACACCGUGGUCUGCUCUUGCUUUGCGAAUGCAGCAUGCUGCACUGCAGUGGUAUCAAAGCCAUUCAAAUACAGAUCUCUUUAGCCAUAUUUAAUACUGUUUGUGCAUAGUAUGCUGAAACAAAUGUCAAAGACAAAUCAGUUUGUGUCAUUACGAUAAGAACUUGAACAAUGGGCUGAAAGCCACAAUGAAUGUAAAGUGUGGUCCCUCGUACAGGUGUGCUUUAUAUGAAAUAUUACAUAGUAUUUUUUCCCUUUUUUUUGUGACUUUCAGACAUUUUUGUAUUAUAUCAAAUCCAUAGACUGCAUUUGACAUAAUUAUUCGCAGCCCGUCAUAUGUCAAUAGAGCACAUUUUGCAGUCAGACCAUGUGAAUAUACACUCAUUUUGUUACACACGUUUUGUUUGACACACCAUUGCUGUUAGUUUGAAUCUUUUGAUAUGAAGAAAAGGGUGUUGGAACUCAUCCUCGUUCACCUGAUUUUUGUUUGUUUUAGUAAAUAUCGUACUGCAAAAUGAAUCAUUAGUAGUGUUUUUUGAGUUUUAACCUAACCAGACGUAUUGAUACUGCCCGAAACCAUGUUCAUGAAAAGAAACAGAGUCAAACUGAAUGUCUUUUUUUUUCUACAAAGAAACAACAUUUUGCCUGGUUAUUGUGCUGAUGCACUUUGGAGCAUAUUUUAUAUGUUCAUAUGAUUGUGAAUAAAGUGGAGUGAGUGCCGUUGAAAGUG